AUGGCCGACAGAGACGUUCUUCCCGGCGUUGUCAAGCCGUCCAACUAUGCUAUCUCCCUAUUCGAUCUCGAGCUCGGCGGCAACUGGACCUACCAGGGCAAAGUCGACAUUGACGUCGAAGUCAAGCAAGAGACCAAGGAAAUCACCUUGAACACACACCAGCUCAAGGUUCAGAGCGCUCAGAUCUCGACCGAGCAAGGCAAGACUGAGGGCGCCAUCAAGGCCUCAAACAUCACCUACGAUGAGAAGAACCAGAGAGCCACCUUCCACUUCGAUCAGUCCAUUCCUCAAUCGCACAAGGCCGUCAUCUCGGUCAAGUUCAGCGGUAUCAUGAACAACGACAUGGCUGGAUUCUACCGUUCCAAGUACAAGCCCACCGUCCCUGCCGCCGCCUCUGUCCCGAGAGAUGACGAGUACCACUACAUGCUGUCCACCCAAUUCGAAUCCUGCGAUGCUCGUAGAGCCUUCCCCUGUUUCGAUGAGCCCAACCUCAAGGCAACUUUCGACUUUGAGAUUGAGAUCCCCGAGGACCAGACCGCUCUCUCCAACAUGCCCGAGAAAGAGACCAAGAAAGGUAACAAGUCUGGCACAAAAAUUGUGUCCUUCGACCGCAGUCCCAUCAUGAGCACCUACCUUCUGGCUUGGGCUUUCGGUGACUUUGAGUACAUCGAGGACUUCACCAGACGCAAGUACAACGGCAAGAAUCUCCCCGUCAGAGUCUACACCACUAGAGGCCUCAAGGAGCAGGGUAAACUCGCUCUAGAGAGCGCUCACCAGGUCGUCGACUACUUCUCCGAAAUCUUCCGCGUCGAGUACCCUCUGCCCAAGGUCGACCUACUGGCUGUUCACGAGUUUUCACACGGUGCCAUGGAGAACUGGGGCUUGAUCACUUACAGAACCACUGCUGUACUCUUCGACGAGGCCGCCUCGGACCAGAAGUACAAGAACCGCAUUGUCUACGUUGUGGCUCACGAACUUGCUCACCAGUGGUUCGGAAACCUUGUCACCAUGGAUUGGUGGUCUGAGCUCUGGCUGAACGAAGGCUUCGCUACUUGGGUCGGCUGGCUGGCUGUGGACCAUCUCCACCCCGACUGGUCGGUCUGGUCGCAAUUCGUCACCGAAUCUAUGCAGACCGCCUUCAGCUUGGACUCUCUGAGAACCUCUCACCCCAUCGAGGUCCCCGUCAGGAACGCCCUCGAAGUCGACCAAAUCUUCGACUCCAUCAGCUACCUCAAGGGAUCCUCCGUCAUCCGUAUGUUGGCUUCUCACCUUGGUGUCGAGACCUUCUUGCACGGUGUUGGAGACUACCUCCAGGCCCACAAGUACCAAAACGCUACCACCAGCGACCUCUGGUCUGCCCUCAGCAAGGCCAGUGGCAAGGAUGUGAACACUUUCAUGGACCCCUGGAUCCGUAAGAUUGGUUUCCCUGUUGUCACUGUUGCAGAGGAGCCUGGUCAGAUCAGCAUCAAGCAAUCUCGCUUCCUCAGCGGAGGAGACGUCAAGCCCGAGGAGGACGAGACCACCUGGUGGAUUCCUCUCGGCCUCAAGUCUGGUUCCAACACUGCCGAGGCUUCCAGCGGCUCCCUAACCACCAAGGAAGACACCAUUCGUGAGAUUGACGACAGCUUCUACAAGCUCAACUCCGAACAGACCGGCUUCUACCGCACCAACCUUCCCCCUAAGAGACUCACACAACUCUCGACUCAGCUUGACAAGCUCUCUCCUCAAGACAAGAUCGGUCUCAUUGGUGAUGCUGCCGCUCUUGCUAUUUCGGGCGAUGCAACCACUGCUGGUGUCCUGUCCUUCCUCGAGGGCUUUACAAAGGAGACCAACUACCUUGUCUGGUCUGAGGUUCUCUCAAGUCUUGGUAACAUUAGAUCUGUCUUCGCAGAUGAUGAGCAAGUCUCCGAGGGUCUCCGCCAGUACACACUACGUCUGGUCAGCGAGGCUACCGACAAGAUUGGCUGGGACUUUGCCCCUAGCGACGACUACCUGACUGGUCAAUUGCGCGCUCUUCUGCUUUCAUCCGCCGGUAUGGCUGGACACGAGGGUGUUGUUGCCGAGGCUAAGAAGCGUUUCACCGCUUACACUGAGGGUGGUGACAAGAAGGCUAUCCACCCCAGCUUGCGCACUGCUACCUUCAAGAUCGCUGUCAAGGAAGGUGGCAAGCCUGCCUACGACGCAGUUAUGAAGGAGUAUCUCAACACAACCUCUGUCGACGGCAAGGAGAUUGCCCUCCAAGGGCUUGGUAGAGUUCAGUCGACUGAGCUUGCUAGAGAGUACUUGAAGUGGUCUUUCAGCGGCGCCGUCGCUACUCAGGAUCUGCACACCCCCUCUAGAGCACUUGCUCUCAACUCAAAGACCAAGCUCGAGGUAUGGCACUUCAUCAAGGAGAACUGGAGCAUGCUGAGAGAGCGCCUCGGCAACAACAUGGUCGUACUCGAGAGAUAUCUCCGCAUGAGCUUAAACAGAUUCUCAAGCUUCGAGAUUGAGAAGGACAUUGCCGACUUCUUCAAGGACAAGGACAACUCUGGCUACGACCGUGGUCUUGCUGUUGUCAGCGACACAAUCAAGGGCAGAGCUAGAUACGCACAGCACGAUCUCGAGAUCAUCAGAGAGUGGCUCUCUGCUCACGGUUACGCCAAGUAA